UCCCCCGCCCGCCCGUGGAGUCGACCCCGGAACCCCGCGCCGUUGGAGGGACCCCGAGUGAGCCCGAGCACCCUGUUGGGUUUGAGUGAAGCCUGAGGAGAACGGGGUAACUGGGGAGAGCAGCGGAGGGCAACGGAGCUGGCCCUGCACGCCCGGGCAGUCGUGGUGGCCAGGCGGCGAGUUGGGUGAGCGAGCGCGGAGUGAGCAAGCCGGGGGCGGAGUCGAGCCCCGGCUGCGCUCCCAGACCGGUGGGCCAGGGCCCCAGCCGGCCUGACCUCGGGUCUGAGCCGGACGGCCCUGCCACAGAGGGACGCACAGAGCGAGGAGACAUGGCCACACCAUUCCUGCCCACGGGGGCCACCACGGGCGACAGCGGUGGAGAGCUGAGCUCAGGCGACGACUCCGGGGAUGUGGAAUCCCCCCAGAACCCCGAGACCGAGGCGUCCAGGAACCUGGCGGAGCUGUUUGAGAAGGCUGCCACGCACCUCCAGAGCCUGAUUCAGGUGGCCAGCAGAGAGCAGCUCUUAUACCUGUAUGCCAGGUACAAGCAGGUCAAAGUUGGAAAUUGCAAUACUCCUAAACCAGGCUUCUUUGAUUUUGAAGGAAAGCAAAAAUGGGAAGCGUGGAAAGCACUUGGUGACUUGAGCCCCAGUCAAGCAAUGCAGGAAUAUGUCGCAGUAGUUAAAACAUUAGAUCCAGGUUGGAAUCCUCAGAUACCAGAGAAGAAAGGAAAAGAGGCAAAUAGUGGUUUUGGUGGGCCAGUUGUUAGUUCUCUAUAUCAUGAAGAAACCAUCAGGGAAGAAGACAAAAACAUAUUUGAUUACUGCAGGGAAAACAACAUUGACCAUAUAACCAAAGCCAUCAAAUUGAAAAACACGGAUGUGAAUACGAAAGAUGAAGAGGGCAGAGCUCUACUCCAUUGGGCAUGUGAUCGAGGACAUAAGGAAUUAGUCACAGUCUUGCUACAAUGUAAAGCUGACAUUAACUGUCAGGACAAUGAAGGUCAAACAGCUCUUCAUUAUGCUGCUGCCUGUGAGUUUGUGGAUAUCGUGGAGCUGCUGCUGCAGUCCGGCGCUGAUCCCACUCUCCGUGACCAAGACGGCUGUCUGCCAGAAGAGGUGACAGGCUGCAAAGCCGUUUCCUUGGUGCUGCAGCGGCACAUGGCUAGCAAAGCUUAAUCAGAACACUGGAAAACCACAGUCCAUAAUAGGACAGUGCUUCAGGGAUGAAAGAAAACUGCAAAAAUAAGAUUUCUUUUACUACUCAUCUUUGGUAUGUAUUGGCUAAUAAAAUCAGUUCUGAGGAACUGGGA